AUGAAACCCUUCUUCAAGCACACGGACUACAAAUUCAGAAUCAAGUUUGAAUAUUACAAGCCUCUUUUACUUGGAUCGCCUUCCCACUCGUACACCGCUUACAUACGCUCUCAAUUCCGUACCUAUAAACACACCAAGAAGGCUAACAGGGUGAGGCAGUUGAUUGCUAAAUUCGACAAGCAACUACAACAGCCACCUGCGAUACUAGCCAUAAUUGGUGAUAGAUGGUUACGCGUAUCUCAAUCUCGUCAACAAGAACAUGAAAAACGAUACACACGGCACCUCUACAACAUUCAAGCACACGUAAAGACACGCCUCACUGGCUCUCUUAUCUACCCAACCUACCAUAAUCCACCUCUCCCCCGUCUCAAACCACAGCCACUCGAGAUACACUCUAUGAUUCGUCGAAGAGUGCUCAAACGUUUUAAUAUUCUCAACCAACUCAAAAUCGUUAGUGGUCAUAUACACGACUACACUAUGGAAAAGCACUUUUUUAACUUUCUCGGUUUGUCCUUGGAUAGCUCCUACAUUGUCAAUCUCUUCGCUGCGAAAGAUUACCUCACGCGUAAACUCGACGAUGAUUAUCGUAGAUCUCAGAUGAAAUUUGCUAGUAAUCAUCUCAUUCGUUUUAGACGCUUACAUGAUAAGAGAGUGAUGAUGCGCAGAAGGAGUAUCGAGUGGAGAAAAACUAAUCACCCGCGUUUAAUUAAUCACUGGAGAUGCUAUCUUGGUGAUAGGAGGAGAGCGCGACAGAGAGAUGCUGCUCGAUUGCGAUUGAGUGCGUUGGCAAAUGAAUCAAAUCAAUCAAAUCAAUCAUUAAAAUCACCAACGUUACCCCCACCAAGUCGCACUAAACAUCGCAUUAGAAAACACACACAAAACACCCACUCUAAGGCACCCUAUCGCGAUAUAUUCCUCAAGCCAUUGUCAAAGGUUUAUGAUCAACUUGACUACAAUGAUGAACCUGCUCUUAAAGUGGCAUACGACUAUUCUAAACCCCCUCAGUCUCUUCUUAAUUCGUCUUCCUCACCUCAAAAUAUCAACAAGUGGAGUAAAAAGUAG